UUACUUCUAUAUUCCAUGUGGUCAAUAUUUUGUAAUUUCCGAUCCGAUGUUAUUGAAAAAGUUGCAUUGGGACACAACUAAGAUGGAGAAUGUAAACAAGAAUACUGGAGACGAUAUGACUGAGCAAGUGCCGGAUAAUAUAUCUAAAAAAACCCUAGAACAGUUUCUGAAAUCUGAGCAAUAUGAGAGCUGUAUGAUGUGCAGUGGAUUCUAUGGCAAAAGCUUUGGACAACCUGUGUGCAGCACUUGCCAUUUGUUCCUGUUUUCUAUUGACUUAAAGGAAGAUGGAGAAGAAGGAGACAACAGAGCAUAUGAGAAAGUGGAUUCUGAUGACUCAGGUACUGAGGAGCCUGGGGCAGAGACAGACUUCUACGCCAGCAAUGACAUUGGAGAAAGAGAGGUUCAGCAUCAGGCCCGCAGGCCGGCCAGGCUGAAGGCUGAUCGUCUGACGGAAAGGAUAAAUGCCUUGACCAUUCCACGAGAACAAGAUGUUGUUCCUGUUGGUCUUAUUGAAUCAUUGCCUCCUGAGGUGCUUCUUUUAGUGUUCAAGAACCUUGAUGACAUUUCAUUGUGGGUAGCAAGCAAUGUGUGUACUCGCUGGCGACAAAUUCUAGACGGGGAGAUAUCUCAGUCUCAGUGGAAACAUUUCCUGCAGCUGCGCUGGCCUCUCUUUCAACCGCAGUUCAAAGUCCGUUGCUGGAAAACGAUAUACUCACAACUAUUAUUGAGUUCACCAUGUAGAUAUUGCUUAGAGAGUAUGAUGCUCCAGAGCACCCCACCCAUAGAGGAAAACUCCUGGCGCCAUCGUCGCCUGCGCAGCGAACUGAAGACACUCAGAACAGACCCCCCUGAAGGCAUUCAGGCCACACCCCUUGACAGGUACUGCUGCCAUUGGCAGGCAUCCAUCACAGGUCCACAAGGCAGCCCAUACGAGGGGGGACUAUUUCUACUUUAUCUACAAAUACCGCAAAACUACCCAAUGCGACCUCCCAAGGUGAGGUUUAUCACCAAGAUCUUCCACCCAAAUAUUUCUCGCCAUGGGGAUGUGGGACUCGACUCUAUACACCACAACUGGAGUCUGGCUCUAACAAUAUCCAAAGUUCUUAUCAGCAUCCAAUCCCUACUCACUGACCCAUUCUGCACUGUAUGCAUGGAGCCCACAGUUGGCAAAUUGUUCAAGAGCGACCGCUUUCAAUUUGAUCGUAUGGCUCGUCUUUGCACAUGGAAGUACGCCAUGCAUGAUUAUGUCAUGGCUCUCAACAUUGAUCCUGAUGGAGUUUAGCAGGGGCAAUGGGUAUUCAGUUGCAGAACAGAAUUGGUGCUCCAAGAAAAGUGGGAAUCGCCUGUCAUAAUUCAAGCCUAUAGCUAACAGUAGAAGUGAUACCACUUUUGAAAGUUUGAAGAAAAUUUUAGUCAAUAUGAAGCGAAUGUCACCAAAAGCAUACCAGAACUUUCGUCUCUUUAUUUGAACCAGUUGUUUGUCAGUAUGACCCAGAUUAGUUUGUUCCCUUUGUAUUGUUUGGAAAUUGAAUUAUUUUUAUGACAAAUGACAACAAAUUCUUUACGUUCCACAUGGCUUGGGAUGUUGUGAAUAAGUGAAUGUGAUCUUUCAUUUUUUAUACUCUCUCCUUUCCAAAGAAAUGAAAUGCCUUGUGGUAAGAAGUUCAAUGUGUGAUGGGAACUUUGAAUGAAGACCCAUCUCUUGCAUACACAACAGACUAUAAAUUCUUUAUUGUUACCAAUUGUGAUUUUUCUUUUGGAGGGUGGGCCUUUCCUAAAUUGUUGCUUUUAUAUUUAAUGUACAAGAAGUGGCGAAACUCAAGUUAGCCCCCCCUCAAAUUGGCAUACUGUGAAAAGAUCUUUCAGUUGCUGACGAAGAAAUGGUAAAAUGGUAACUGUUUAACACCCCUGUCAACACUGUUAGGUUUUUUAAGAGAUGGGAUCUCCAAAAGGACCAAACUGCUGACAGAAUAGAAAGGAAGGUGCAAAUGAGUGUGAAAACGUGUUAAAAAUGUUUUGGGGCUUAUGGUACACAGAAUACUACUGUAAACUAACACUUCAAUUUUGCGCCAAUGUAAUAAUGUAACUGUAUUUGCUGCCAUGGAUUUCUAGCCUGUAAUUCAAAGCUUACCCAUGUCUCAUGUGGUUGAGCAUGAUAUAUAAACAAAGGUCAAGCUGAAGUAAUGUUUUUUGGGUUUGUUUUUUUUUUGGGGGGGGGUGGGGGUUGUUUUGAGAAUAUGAUAUUGUGAGGUAUCAAAAUUUGCUUUCAAUUUCUAAAAACUGAGAGCCUCAAGAGCUGUAUGGAGUUAUCAUUUGCCCUAGUCAGUAUUGUUGGCGAUUUGAAAUUUGCUCCAUGAUUUUUAUGCAUUUCCCCAUUUCCCCUAAAAGUCUUCAGUUAUUUCUAUAAGUUUUUGAGAAAUUUAUCUUUGCUCUGUUAUGAUGAUGAUACUCACUUUUGCCACAAAUUAUAUUGUUGCCAUGUUUAUUCAUAAUAAAUGCAUAAUGCUGUCUGGAAAUUA